GUACAUCUUACCCCUUUUUUUCUAACAGAUUUUUAGAGACAGCUUUGAUGUUCACACAUUGAAAACAAGCUCUCUCCCAUCUCCUUUUGCUCUAUUGUUUUGUGACAAAGUUACAGAGAGAAUUUCCUGUGCUGUGGUUCCAGGGUCAUGUUAGAAACUUGAGGCACAUUCCUACUGUGCAUCUGUGUACCGCCAACGGAUGACUCAAGAGCAUCACUGCAACACACAAUGCCCCUGACUCUUCUAAUCCAUGUUGUCUUCUUAGCUUCCUGCUCAGCUCUGGGAUCUACAUCAUUCUUAGGCAUAAACACAUCUCCUCUGAAUCAUCCUUGGAGCAUCACAUCUCAUGGCAGUUUCUAGGAUCGCUCUGUGGAGGUUGAUGUCUGUGAUCUUUGGAAUAAAAUGUCUUCUGCUGAUGGCUACUUUGGGAUUUUUGAUGAAAAACUCAUUUACUAUAUGGAGUAUUCAACCAAUACCUUCUCCAACUUCCAUUGUAGAACUUCAGGAAGUUUCCAAAUGCUGCGCUUGCUUAGAAAAGUGGAUUGGUUAUCAGUGUCACUGUUACUUCAUUUCCAAAGAAGGAAAGUCUUGGGAAGAAAGCAGAGAUUUCUGUGCCUCUAAGAAUUCCAGUCUUCUUCAGCUCAAAACCAAAAAUGAAAUGAGUUUUAUGAACUCCAGUCAAAGCCAUUUCUGGAUUGGAAUGCGUUAUAAUGAGGAACGGCAUGCCUGGCUGUGGGAGGAUGGCACAGCCCCCUCAAAAGAUCUAGUUCCGGUGUCCUCAUAUAUCAAAACAAGUGGCUGCAUUGCUUAUAGUCCAAGCCUAUUUGUUUCUACUGAAUCCUGUGAAAAUGAAAACCGUUUUAUCUGUAAGCAACUGAUUAUUUAAAUACUUCUUAAGGCAAAGAGUAGACAAGAGAGGUCCAGGGUUACAUCAACAAUACUUACGUCUCACAGUAUUGCUACGUUUCCAUGUUGAAUUGGUAGACUGUUCCUGUGUGCUACCAUUUUCAUACGUUUGAACCCUAGUGUUUUAUGCUUGAUGAAUUUUUCACAUCUGUGCAUGAAAUAAGGAUGCAUAAAGGUAGAGAGUUUUUUAUAAUAAAUAUUUUGAUUUAAUGCAUGCUUGAUAUGAAAUAUAAUUAUAUUUACAUAUUCUUAUAAAGCUUUCUUGGAAACAUUAAAUAAAAUUUAUUCCAGACCAAGUCAUAUAUAUUCCAUGUGGUUUCAGUUUUUGUAUCAGAAAUGAAUUUAACCUGGAGCUGAGUUUGUGA